UUUUCCCACCCGGUCUCUGCAAACUGCAUUGAACUCGUCUACACUGAAGCAAUGGGUUCCAAGGCAGGAGGAAGUUCUGUUGAUUUAUGGGCAGAAAUCGUGGGUGCAGAUGCACCGCAGCAGCAGCGUCAACAAGUUGAGGUGGUCUACAGAAGAAGAAAGCCCCAGAACAACCAAAAGGACUUGAACUUAAGGCAUUCUGAUUUCAGUCGCCGGCCUGCGAAUCGGGUGAGUUUGGUCGACCCAAACAAGCGAGUCAGUUGGAAUCGAUCUCUCUCGACAAGAGGGAGGACAAGUAUAGCUGUUGGAGCUUGUAUGGUUUACCAGCCCGAAUUAAAGAAGGAAAAAAGAAAAGGGAAACCUGCCCUUCCCAAAGGAAAAUUUGUAGCACCUCCCAACUUUGAGAAGGAGAGAGCAUAUUUUGAAGAGGUUGAUGCUUUUGAGUUGUUAGAGGAGAGCCCCUCGCCCAAGAAAGUUGGCACGUGGACCAUCGGCAAUGGAAAUUAUGAUGGUCAAGUGCCUCAUUUAUGCUCAAGAUUAGAAAAAUGGUUACUCUCAAGGAAAUUGAAUCUCAGUUGCGGUCCUUCAAGUACGCUGUCUAAGAUAUUAGAUACUCCAGCCAGGGGGUUGGAGACUAUUUAUGAUGUUGAUUUAUGUUCCUUAGAUCUGAGAACUUCUGAAAAAUCUGCGGAAGUCAAUCCACAUCUUCAUACCAUCAUAACUGGAGGCAGUAGUGCUCUACUUGGUAAUGGUCUAUUUAAGGGUGACAUCAAUUUGCCAGCUGAUAAAAUGUCCACUGAAGAUGAUGAAGAUUCUGCAAAUUUGGAAGCUGCUGUUAAGAAACUCUCACUGACAUCAUCAUCAGCUUUCACAGACGAACACUUUAGUCCAUUUGCCGCUUUAUUAGAAAUAUGCGGACAGUCUAUGCCUUCGAAGUUUCAAGAUGUGCUAUCUAAGUAUUGUGACCCCGAGACUAUUGUCAAAGUUGGUGAAGGAACAUAUGGAGAAGCUUUCAAGAUUGGCAGCUACGUUUGUAAAAUAGUUCCUAUUGACGGAGACUUCAGAGUGAAUGGAGAAGUUCAAAAGAGAGCAGAAGAAUUGCUGGAGGAGGUGGUUCUUUCGAAAACUCUUAACUAUUUGAGGGUAAAUGAUGGAGAUGCUCAUAAUUCUUGCAGAAUAUUUAUCGAAACAAUAGAAUUGAGUGUAUGCCAAGGAUCCUAUGACGCUUCGUUGAUUCAAGCAUGGGAGAAUUGGGAUGAGAAUCAUGGUUCGGAGAAUGAUCAUCCGAAGGUGUUUCCAGAGAAACAGUGUUAUGUGGUGUUUGUGCUACAACACGGUGGCAAGGAUCUUGAAAGCUUUGCACUUAUGAAUUUUGAUGAGGCAAGGAGUUUACUUGUUCAGGUUACUGCUGGGCUUGCCGCGGCUGAAUCUGCAUAUGAAUUUGAACAUCGAGAUCUUCACUGGGGAAACAUUCUUUUAAGUCGAAACGACUCUGAGACUUCGCAGUUCACUCUCGAUGGCAGGCAUAUGCUUGUUAAAACAUAUGGACUGAUAAUAUCUAUUAUUGACUUUACUCUUUCACGAAUAAACACAGGUGAUGAUGUACUCUUCUUGGAUCUUUCCUCAGAUCCCGAUCUAUUUAAAGGUCCUAAGGGGGACAAACAGUCCGAAACAUAUAGGAAGAUGAAGGAGGUUACAGAAGAUUGGUGGGAAGGAAGUUUUCCUAGGACAAAUGUGUUGUGGUUGAUCUACUUGGUCGAUAUACUGCUGACGAAGAAAUCAUUUGAACGAACUUCAAAGAAUGAGAGAGAUCUGCGUUCGCUGAAGAAACGUCUGGACAAGUAUAAUUGCGCCAAGGAAGCAAUUUCCGAUUCCUUCUUCAAUGACUUGCUGGUAGUGGACGGCACUUCAGCUACACACGACUGAGGAAGAAAAAGACGUGAUCGGCAAGAAGUAUGUAAAUUUUGGAGUUUCGCCAUUGGUUUUUGGGGUUGGUGAAAGUGUGUAUAUAAAAUGUCAGGUAUUACAGAACACGAUGUGAAAACACCUGCGGUUAUUUACAGCAUAUCAAACAUGACUCUUGUUUA